GGUGACUGUGAAGGCGUUGAUCUUCCGCGUUAGAAGCUGCAGCUGCAUCAGUGAGACACUCAGACGUCCUUCAAACUCUCAAGACUCUGGUUCAUGUUGAAAUUUAGUCUUAUAACCGAGACUAAAAGAGGAAAUGAGCCUUUUUCUGCUCGCCUCUUCUGCUUUAUCGACUUUAUUAGAGUAAAGCCGCCGGAGGAUAACUCAGCAAGGCGAGAUGAAGGACCGACUGCUCGAGCUGCAGGCCAUCACUAGAUCUUCAGAGGAGGAAUCCAGGUCUGAGGGGGAUCAGACCACUGAGCCUGGUGGACAGGAGGAGCAGCAGCAGGCCGUCGUUUUCGAGGGCGAAGACGUGACGGAUGGCAUCUACAGGGAGGCCAAAGAGAUCAGGAGGGAGACGGAGCUGCUCAGGAGGGACGUGGAGCGUCUGAAAACGCAGAACACUCGUUUCCUCACGUCCAUCAGGAGGAUCAGCGCCAUCAAACGGGACGCCAACGUGCUCGGACGGGACAUUCAGGCCCGGGCGCAGGAAAUUUACAGGAACCUGGAGCGUCUGGGGAGGCAGAGCAAGGACUUGGAGGAGAGGAAGGGCCCCACGUCAGCCGUGGCUCGCAUCGCACGCUCGCAGUACUCCUCCCUGACCAGGGCCUUCCGCCAGGCCAUGUCCGAGUACAACGAGGCCGAGCUGAUGCAGAGGGAGUACUGCAUGGGCCGCAUCCAGAGGCAGGCCGAGAUCAUGGGCAAGGAGCUGAGCAUGGGGCAGAUAGACGAGAUGAUCGAGUCGGGCAGCUGCUCCGUCUUCACCGGCGUCGUGGCGGACACGAGGACUGCCAGGUCGGCCCUCAGCGAGAUCGAGAACCGGCACAAGGAGCUGCUGGCGCUGGAGGGUCGCAUCAAGGAGAUCCAGGAGAUCUUCCUCCAGAUCGCCAUGCUGGUCGAAGAACAGGGCUGCAUGGUGGACAACAUAGAGGCAACUGUAGCUGCGACGGUGGACAUUAUUCCUGAGGCCGAAACUCAGCUGAGGAGGGCCGUGAAAUACCAGAGAAGCAAUCCAUGCAGGAAACUGUGCUGCUGCUGCUUCCCGUGCUGCAAAUGAGACUUUAUCACAACAAUAUGGAGUCAAAUCGACUUUUUAUGCAAAGAUGCAUUUAGGUGAAGCACUGAUUUCAUUUUUAAGUGACGUUUAUUUAUGUUUUUAAGACUCUAGUACAGGGGUGUCAAACACAUUUUAUUUCAGGGGCCACAUUCAGCCCAAUUUGAUCUGAAGUGACCAGUAAAAUCAUAACAUAGUAACUUAUAAAUAACCACAACUCAACAAAUUUUUCCUUUGUUUUAGUGCAAAAAAGUACAUUCUGAAAAUGUUCACACUUAAUGAAAAAUCUUUUUACAAAACAUUAUGAACAAACUGAAACGAGAAACAAAAUGACAAAAAAUGAGAAAAACGACACGAAACAAUAAAAGAAGAGAAAAAUUUGACAAAAAAGUUACAAAACAGACAAAUGCACACAAAUGAGACAAAAAACGACAAAAGUGAGAAACAAAAUGACAAAAAUGAUAACCAAAGCAAUGAAUAAAGCAAAACACAAAAUGACAAAAAUGAGACAAAAAACACAAGCUAGACAAAAAAGGAACACAAAAUGACAAAAACAUGAGACAAACGCUAAAAGUCAGACAUGAGAAGACAAAAAACAAUAAAAGCAAGACAAAAUAUUAUAAAAAGUAGACACAAAAUGACAAAAGCGAGAAACAAAAUGACAAAAAAAGACACAUGAAAUAAUAAAAAAAAGAGAAAAAUCAGACUAAAAAGUUACAAAACGACCCAAAAAAUUGGACACAAAUGAGACAAAAAAUGUCAAAAGUGAGAAACAAAACGAUAAAAAUGAUAACCAAAACAAUGAAUAAAGCAAAACACAAAAUGACAAAAAUGAGACAAAAAACACAAGCUAGACAAAAAAAGGAACACAAGAAAAAAAACAAGACAAAAUAUUACAAAAAUUAGACACAAAAUGACAAUAAAACAACGAGCAAUGUAGUAUUUUACUUCAUGAUCAAAACAACUUGUCAUGGUCUAGAAAUUAUCUUAAAUUAAUAAUUUUACAAAUUGCAGUUUAUGUCUUCAUUUUACAAAGUUGUCCCACAGGCCGGAUUGGACCCUCUGGAGGGCCGGUUUUGGCCCGCGGGCCGCAUGUUGGACACCCCUGCACUAGCAUCAUUUUCUUCCACCGAAGAAGGACCUGAGUCAUUUCAAAUCACGCACACGUCUGCCAGAGAUUAGCUUAGUUUAGCAUAAAAGUGGAGAAAAAUGGAAGCAGCUAGUCAGGCUACAAGCUAACAAUGAUUUUCACCGUUGAUUUUCUUGAAUUAUCAAGAAAUUAAGGUUCUUAAUUGUUGCUGCCUCUGAAUGACGUUUGAUGCUACCUCUCAGCUUCAACUUUCAGCUUUGUAAUGACAAUUUAAGUCAGUAAAGUGUGUUUUUUUCUUCUUCUUCUCCUGAA